AUGGGUAAAGAAAAGGUUCACAUUAACAUUGUCGUCAUUGGACAUGUCGACUCUGGAAAAUCAACCACCACUGGUCACUUGAUCUACAAGCUAGGAGGUAUUGACAAGCGUGUGAUUGAGAGGUUUGAGAAGGAAGCUGCUGAAAUGAACAAACGUUCAUUCAAGUAUGCAUGGGUUCUUGACAAGCUUAAGGCUGAGCGUGAAAGAGGUAUUACCAUUGAUAUUGCCUUGUGGAAAUUUGAAACCACCAAGUACUACUGCACAGUCAUUGAUGCUCCUGGACAUCGUGAUUUUAUCAAGAACAUGAUUACUGGAACCUCCCAGGCUGAUUGUGCUGUCCUCAUUAUUGAUUCCACCACUGGAGGUUUUGAGGCUGGUAUCUCUAAGGAUGGGCAGACUCGUGAACACGCUCUUCUUGCUUUUACUCUUGGAGUGAAACAGAUGAUCUGUUGUUGUAACAAGAUGGAUGCUACCACCCCUAAGUACUCCAAGGGCAGGUAUGAGGAAAUUGUGAAGGAAGUUUCUUCCUACUUGAAGAAGGUUGGAUACAACCCAGACAAAAUUCCAUUCGUUCCCAUUUCUGGUUUUGAGGGUGACAACAUGAUUGAGAGGUCCACCAACCUUGACUGGUACAAGGGACCAACUCUCCUUGAUGCUCUUGACAACAUCAAUGAGCCCAAGAGACCCUCAGACAAGCCACUCAGGCUUCCAUUGCAAGAUGUUUACAAGAUUGGUGGUAUUGGAACUGUGCCAGUGGGACGUGUUGAAACUGGUGUUGUGAAGCCCGGUAUGCUUGUGACUUUUGCUCCUACCGGUUUGACAACUGAGGUUAAGUCUGUUGAGAUGCACCACGAGGCUCUCACUGAGGCUCUUCCAGGAGACAAUGUCGGAUUCAAUGUUAAGAAUGUUGCAGUCAAGGAUCUCAAGCGUGGUUUUGUUGCAUCCAACUCCAAGGAUGACCCUGCCAAGGAAGCUGCCAACUUCACCUCCCAAGUCAUCAUCAUGAACCAUCCUGGACAGAUCGGAAACGGUUAUGCACCAGUGCUAGAUUGCCACACCUCUCACAUUGCUGUGAAGUUUGCUGAACUUAUCACCAAGAUUGACAGGCGAUCUGGUAAGGAGAUUGAGAAGGAGCCCAAGUUUUUGAAGAAUGGUGAUGCAGGUAUGGUUAAGAUGAUUCCCACCAAGCCCAUGGUUGUGGAAACUUUUGCCGAGUAUCCUCCACUUGGUCGUUUUGCUGUUAGGGACAUGAGACAAACUGUUGCUGUCGGAGUCAUCAAGAGUGUGGAGAAGAAGGACCCAACUGGAGCCAAGGUCACCAAAGCUGCAGCCAAAAAGAAGUGA